UAGCUUUGUUUAUAAGCACCGGUAACAGGGGAAAGAGAGUCAUCAUUCCUAAGGCAGAAAGCAAAAGAUAAGGGAAUUGCAAGGAAGAGAAGAAGGGGCUUGUUUGAACAGCCAUGACUACACAGAGACAGAUAGUGGAGCAGCAACAGUCACAGAUGCAGAAAGUGAAGAACUCUGGAGUCAUCAGCUACAACGGUAGCCCAUUAACCGAUGACAAGGAUGAGGAGAUGUCAAGAUCAGCUUUGUCUGCUUUUCGGGCGAAGGAAGAAGAGAUCGAAAGGAAGAAGAUGGAGGUCAGAGAGAGGGUUCAGGCUCAGCUGGGUCGUGUUGAAGAAGAAACUAAACGCUUGGCAGAGAUUCGAGAGGAGCUUGAAGCUCUCAGUGAUCCAAUGAGGAAGGAAGUUGCCAUCAUACGUAAAAGGAUUGAUGCAGUUAACCGAGAAUUAAGGCCACUGGGACAGGGUUGCCAGAAGAAGGAGAAAGAAUACAAAGAAGCUCUUGAGGCUUUCAAUGAGAAAAACAAAGAAAAAGCUCAACUAGUCACCAAAUUAAUGGAGCUGGUGAGCGAAAGUGAAAGACUGAGGAUGAAGAAGCUGGAAGAGCUGAGCAAGAACAUAGAAUCCAUACAGUAAGAUGAUGUGUUGACAGUAAUAACCAAGUGGGUUUUGUGUGCUUUAUUUAGGACCAUUCUUCAAUGUGUUGUAUUUUAUGGUUUUUGGUUUUUAUUUCACUGGCUCUUGGAGAGUUUUCUGAUUUGGAAAGAUAAAAACCUCUCCAACAAGGUUUGUUACUAAUCACAUCUCAACUUCGGACUUUUUCAGUCUUCUUUUAUUCUUAUGUGAUAUAUGAAUGUUCAGUUAUAAUA